GCAUCGAACUGUUCGUGUCGUUCGCAUUAUGGCUGGACGUGGAAAAGGAGGCAAAGUCAAGGGAAAGGCAAAGUCCCGUUCGAGCCGCGCUGGAUUGCAGUUUCCAGUCGGUCGUAUUCACCGUCUACUCCGAAAGGGCAACUAUGCCGAGCGUGUUGGAGCCGGUGCUCCCGUCUACCUGGCUGCCGUGAUGGAGUAUCUGGCCGCUGAAGUUCUCGAGUUGGCAGGAAAUGCCGCUCGUGACAACAAGAAAACCCGAAUUAUCCCACGUCACCUGCAGUUGGCCAUCCGCAACGACGAAGAGCUGAACAAACUUCUUUCCGGAGUGACCAUCGCUCAGGGUGGUGUCCUGCCAAACAUCCAGGCCGUCCUGUUGCCCAAGAAGACCGAAAAGAAGGCCUAAAUUCGAUCGAAGUUCCCACCCUUUAACAAAAUCCGUCCUUUUCAGGACGACCAAUUUGAUGGUAAAGAGUUUCGUUUUCAAAACAGUUUCCUUCGUGGUGCGCAAGGAAUGAUAAAAUGAAUCCAUUAAAAACAUGGUUGAAUCUUUCUGUCAUGCUCUCCCUAGUUAAUUGAUAUCCUCAUCGAGUAAGUUCGAUGAUGGUUGAUUAGUGUAGGCGUGUCUUGAAUUCCAAGAAAUUAACCAGUGCAGUGUUAUCAUUCCAUCCAUAUCUAAAAUUAAACCACGAAUCCUUGGGAAUGAUCGUGACACGCUUCAUAUGGAUGACGAAUCGUCCUCAUCUCAUCCUCAGAAAAUGGUACCCAUUAUUUUAAUCGGCAUCCUUUUGAAAAAUUCCCCUCACAAAAAGGCUUUUCAUGUACUGCCAGAGGGUAGGGGGAGAGGGGCAAUUUAAUUAUUACUUAAAUGAACGAAAUUAACGAUG